UUUUUUUCCUUUUUUUUCUUUUUUGAUAAAUGUAUAAGCAUUAAACGAUAGCGCAGUACGUUGAAAAAUGUUGAAAGAUCUAAUCGAAAUUUAUUUGAGUGCAUCCGAGUCUGUGUGCUGGAUACUAUAUUGUAUUGAAGGUAGAAUUACUAACACUCGUCAUUCGAAACUUAGUCGUUCGUUGUUCGUUCUUGCAUAUUCGUGAACACGUUUCUGAAUAUAUUUCAUCAUUACAAACUCUUUCGUCGAAUUCUACAGAAUAUUUACGAUUGUUUUUAUCAAUUGGAUAUAUUCUCAUGGGGAUUAAUUAACGAUUAAAUAUCGUAUCAUCGAUCAAACAAAUUCGUGAAAAUCGCAAAACUUCGUUUUCCAUUAUACGUAAUUAUAAGAAAAAACAAAUGUCAUCGUUAAAAAAUCUUCUUAUUAUCCUGCUCAUAAUUGAUAUUCUAAGGACAGGAGACAGCCUCGAUCACAAGAUUAAUUAUUUAUCUCACAUAAUCGAUAUUUCGAAAUUUUACAAAACCUACAGUAUUUUUUUCCUGUAUGCACAAACGUCACAAGAUAUAGGAUUUUCGCGUGUAAUUCAUCGUUGGAUUUGCGAACUAUCUCGUGAUGGGUUUAUGUCAAUUGGUAUAGAAAUAUCGAAUAUUCGACACACGUCCUAUUACGAGAAUCGAAUAGUACGACCACUUUUCGUGGUAUUCCUUACGGAUGAGAAAUCGAUAAGAACAUUUUCAAACAAUACAAGAAACUUCGACAUGUCAUUUGCUUAUUGGUACGUCAUAUUUUUGCCUGGAUACAAUCAGAACGAUUAUUGCCCAAUACCAAAAGGUAAUCCCUUCAAUGUUCUCUUCAAUACGGAGAUGCUGGUCUCUUGUCCGAAGGAUAGGAUCAUGCGGGAGUGGUAUUCAUUGUGGCCUAAUCAAACUAAAGUAUUCGAACUGGCUAAAUGGGAACCUAAUAAAAAAUUGACGUUUUUAACGGAGCUCAGUUUAUACGAGAGGAGGAACAGUUUGGACGGUUUAGUUCUACCAGCCGUUUUUGUGAUGAACAAUCCUUUCAUCGAUAUAGAUGGCGAUGGUAAUCUAUCUGGAUCCUGUGGUAAAAUAUUAAUCGAGCUUAGCAGAUUGGUCAAUUUUUCAUUUGCCAUUGUCAAUAAUACUGUAUCGAAUGGUAGAUGGAACGCUAAAUAUAACAAAUGGAACGGUGCUGUUGGCGAAUUGAUAGAAAAUCGAGCACAAAUUUCUAUGUCUUAUGUCUCCAUGAGUAGUGCAAGACUCGACGUUGUUGACUUUACUAUACCUUUCAUUCUAUCAUCUUUCUCAUUGUACAUCAAAGAACCAGAUGCUUUGAACAUUGAAUGGUCUAAUUAUUUUCGCGCAUUCAGUUACAAACUCUGGAUCGCUUUAAUCGUUUUAAUUUUCAUUACGCCGAUUUUGUUGGCCUGGAUGAAAAUUACAUUGAAUCAGAGUAACUACGUGUCGCUGAUAUCGGAUUCUUACCUACAAAUUUGGGGAAUAUUUUGUCAACAGGGACUCGUUGAAUUUCCUCAAAGAUCAUCGCUCAGAUUGGCAUACAUAUCAUUGUUUCUUUUGGCUUUAGUCGUCUCAUCGGCUUAUUCGGCCUCUUUGAUAUCCUUUUUGACGAACGUUGUACAUCGUUUACCAUUCGUUUCAUUAGAAGAAUUUGUACAAGAUGGUACAUACAAAUUAAUAACGGCCAAGGACAGUUUGGAGUACGACGUAUUUGCCAAUUCCAAGCAACCAUUGGCAAAGAAAGUUAUGUCUUUCAUGAUUGCUGAAGAGCGUUUACCACCGACACCUCUGGACGGCUUUUUUCAGCUUUGUAACGAGCAUAAUAUAGCGAUGUACGUAUCGACCGAAGUAAGAAACGUUUUAGAUCCUGAAAUACCUUGCAAUAUCGUGCACAUUAAUCUUGGUCACAUAGAUAGUGUAUCAUUGAUGUGGUCGAAAAAGAAUCAAUUUCUCAGUCUGAUAAAUCAUCAUUUAUUUAAAUUUAUGAGAAACGGUAUGAUAAGACAGUUGAAUUCACAGAGCAAUUCGAAUAAUAAAAAAUGCAAAAAGAAGAUAGGCUUAAAUGCCGUGCAAGUUUGGAGUAUCAUACCGAUAUUAUCGUUUCUCGAAAUAGGCGUUUUUCUCAGUCUAUGCGUGUUUAUCGUAGAAAAAUUAUAUUUUGCGCGUGGUAAAUGGGUGAUUAUAAAAAACGGAUAUGGAAAAAAGUCGCUGCGGAAAUAAUAAUGUUUACCAUUGGAUAUGUACUUUCGGUCGUAGCGAAGAUUUCAAUUUAAUUUUACAUACAUACAUACAUACAUA